AUGACAGCUCCAACUCCCAGAUACCUCUAUAAGCUUCUUCCAUCCGAUACACCCACUCCCGAGUCCGGCACACUGCCCGUCAGCAAUCUUGACCAGCAAUCCGGAUUUAUUCAUCUCUCCACCGCACUUCAGGUCCCCAAUACGCUCAAAAUUUUCUUCAAGGAUGAGCCCCUCAUCUACGUACUCCGGAUUGAGUAUGAGAAAGUCGAGGGAGACAUCCGAUGGGAGAGUCCAGAUGGCAAGGUGGGCGGACCACGGGGAGGCGAAGGAAUGUUUCCGCAUCUCUAUAAUGGCCACAAGCUAGGAUCAGAUGAGAUAGAAAGCAUGGUUAUCUGGAAGAAUGAGGGUGACUGGGACCAUGUAUCGGAGAACGCCGGAUCAUGGCUGACGUAUUAA